AUGUUCCUCAUAGUGACUGAAGCAUACGUAACGCUCGCUACCAAUGAUGAAUAUUGCUGUGGUGCCUUAGUCUUGGCAGACUCUCUUAGAAAAGUAGGCACUACCAAAAAACUCGUUUGUAUGAUUACUACCUGUGUAUCGGAUAAUAUGAGAACAGCUCUUGAGGCUUUUUUUGAUCACAUUGAGCUGGUUGAUGUCUUGGAUAGCAGCGAUUCUGAGAACCUAAAGCUUCUUGCGAGGCCUGAUCUUGGCGUUACCUUUACGAAGCUUCAUUGCUGGAGGCUGACUCAGUAUUCAAAAUGCGUGUUUAUGGAUGCAGAUACUCUGUCUUUUAUAGUUUCAAUGGAUAAUAUUUUCCUUGUGCGACUUACCUCUUUUUCUUUUACGUUGCACCACUUCUUCUUGACUCCUUAUCAGGUCUUACAAAACAUUGAUGAUCUUUUUGAACGCGAGGAAUUGAGCGCCGCUCCAGAUCCGGGGUGGCCUGAUUGCUUCAAUUCCGGUGUUUUUGUGUACACUCCUAGUCUCGACACGUACAGAGCACUUCUCGACUUUGCCCUUUCGGAAGGCAGUUUUGAUGGU